AAAUCUAAACUAAAAUUAAAAGCCAGCCAACGCGGAAAGACGGAAGAAGCGGAGUAACGGAAGGAGUCAGUCGGCCGGGCGGGCAAAGUGGCUGAAAUGAAGGUGGGUGAAGCCUAACAUUAGUGUAUAUAUACAUCCCCUGCCCCUCCCUCACUCUCCAACCUCGGACUGAAUCUGCUGCUCUGAGGUGGGUACAGUUUGAUUUUGCAAGACCAAGAACAUGGCAGGCCCGGCUCCCACCCCUCUGCUCAAGGAUGAGCUUGAUAUAGUGAUACCCACGAUUAGGAACUUAGAUUUUCUGGAGAUGUGGAGGCCAUUUUUUGAGCAAUACCAUUUGAUCAUAGUGCAGGAUGGGGAUCCAACCAAAGUUAUCAAUGUGCCCAAGGGCUUCGAUUACGAGCUCUACAACAGGAACGACAUCAAUAGGAUCCUCGGCCCCAAGGCCUCCUGCAUCUCCUUCAAGGACAGUGCUUGCCGCUGCUUCGGUUACAUGGUCUCCAAGAAGAAGUACAUUUACACCAUUGAUGAUGAUUGCUUUGUUGCUAAAGAUCCGUCCGGGAAGGACAUAAAUGCCCUGGAACAGCACAUAAAGAACUUGCUAUGCCCCUCAACGCCGUUUUUCUUCAAUACCCUGUACGAUCCAUACAGGGAGGGAGCGGAUUUUGUUCGCGGAUACCCUUUCAGUCUGCGCCAUGGAACGUCCACUGCUGUUUCUCAUGGUCUCUGGCUUAAUAUACCUGACUAUGAUGCACCCACUCAGCUCGUUAAACCCCGGGAGCGUAAUACCAGGUUUGUCGAUGCGGUUCUUACAAUUCCAAAGGGCACAUUGUUCCCUAUGUGUGGGAUGAAUUUGGCCUUCGAUCGUGAGUUGAUUGGUCCUGCAAUGUAUUUUGGUCUAAUGGGCGAUGGCCAGCCCAUUGGUCGCUACGAUGACAUGUGGGCAGGCUGGUGUGUUAAGGUGAUAUGCGACCAUUUGGGUUUGGGUGUGAAGACAGGAUUGCCAUACAUUUGGCACAGUAAGGCGAGUAACCCAUUUGUCAAUUUGAAGAAAGAGUACAAGGGAAUAUUUUGGCAGGAGGAGAUAAUUCCCUUUUUCCAAUCAGCAACCCUUCCCAAAGAGUGCACAACUGUGCAGCAAUGCUAUAUUGAGCUGUCAAAGCAAGUCAAAGAUAAGCUUGCUAAAGUAGAUCCAUACUUUCAGAAGCUAGGAGAUGCAAUGGUCACAUGGAUUGAGGCUUGGGAUGAGCUCAACCCCCCUAAAAAGGAGGAAAAUGGAGUUACCAAUGUUCCAGCUAGCUCAUCUAAGUAGGGAGGAAUGGGUCUGCAAGUUUUAAUGGAGGCCAUUAUUUUGUUGAGAAGUGCGAUGAGAUUAUUACAUUUAUUUCAGUUAUUCUGUUGUAGUUAGAAUUUUUCAAUUUAGUAAAUUAGAUCGUAGUUUUGACAAUGCUAGGCACAUUGGAUGCCAGAGUCUGCCAUUAUUAUUUUCCAAUUUUUAUCAAUGUCCAUGCUUUGGAUGCUUGGAUAUGUUUCUCUUGUUGAGAUUAUGUUCAUUUCUUUUUGGUUA